AUGUCUCUUCGAAAUGGUGUUUUUCUUGGCAUCGACCUUUUCAUACACGAGAACGAACAGUCUUGUAGAGCUGUUAUUUCUGUAAAUGAUGGCUGCUUUUGCAUCGAUUCUAUAACGCUCAACUUCCGCAUCGAAUGUAAGAUCGAUAACAACCACAUGUACAACAACAUAGAAGUGUAUUCAAGGACGUGUUUAGACAAUAUCGGGUGUUUUAAUUUGAACAUGAGUGGCGUGUUUGUAAUUCCACAACCAUUGCACUGUGCACACAGAUGGGUGCGGAUCAGACCGCCGUUCUACAGCAAUAAUGUUGACGAAAUUGUGCGGGGAAUAAAACAAAUUUGGGACGAAAAAGGCUGUUAUACCGAUGAACAGCGAAUAUUUGUGUGUUCAAGAUGUGACCGCGUGAGAUUAUUGGUGGAUGAUGACGAGUUGAAGAAGAAAAGUAGCGAGUUUAUUCCAUACAACAUACUUAAAGAGAUAUUUGGAGAAACCAGCCUUAAUUUUGGCAUGGUAACAUGCGUUCUGUUGGAUAUGAACCGGAGUGUCUUCAAAUUUAUCGAGUGCUAUAUCGAGAAGAACAACAUGAAAGUGAUUGCAGCCGGCUUUUGUAUCUCAUCGUGGCUCUAUCCAGAAUAUUUUCGCACCAAUAAUCGGGUAUUUUGGUCCAAGAUAGACACCUUUCCCUGCUACUUUUCUUCAUCGCUUAGAGACCCAGACAGCAGAGCUGAUUCGUUUGCAAGAAAGUCUACGCUGCUUAUCGGGUACAACGGUAUAGUACGGCUGAACAUGGGAAAAUACAACAAAAUGGAUGUAGAUCUGUUUAAAAGCUCACUUGUGUCAAUCGAAGAUUAUAAAUCGUUCUAUGGACCGUUUUACAGCACGAUUUUUGAUGAUAUACGGUCACUAACAUGUAACCUGAGAACCAGGAAAAUAGCAUUCAUUUCGUCCACAUCGCGAGGUGGUGACAUCGCACUCAUGCGACAGGCUCACAUGCGUUUCUACAAGCUGAUAGGCAUAGAUGCUUCCUGGUACGUGACGAUACCUGUAAACUCAGUGUCAAAAAUCACAAAGUAUAAAUUGCACAAUAUUACGCAAAAUGUUGCGCCUAAAAGCGCCAAACUACAUAAACAUGAGAUCAUCGACUUUGAAAAUUGGACAAAAAUGAAUGUUGAUCGAUUAUGGCGAAGUAACGUGUUUCAAACCGCAGACAUUGUAGUAUUUGAUGAUCUUCAAAUGGCAGGAUUUGUGAGGUACCUCAGAGAGAUAAACCCUGAAGCCAAAAUAAUUUUCCGAUCACACACUUACAUACAUGGCAAGCUAUACGGACAGAAUGCAGCCUUCACAAAUGUAUGGAAUUAUGUCGCACAUAAUUUGACGGACAUAGAUUUGUUUGUAGCACAGCCCACAAACGAUCUGAUGGCACACUUCAAAACACCUCCGAUCGUUUAUUUGCCGUCAAGUAUCGAUCCGUUAGACGGUCUGAACAAAACCAUCGCAGAAAAUGAUCGUGCAUACUACGAACAAAUAUUCCGUGAGCACUGCCACGAAUGCACCCACAAGCAUUUUUCUUUCAGUUUGCCUUACAUCAUCCAGGUAUCGUCUUUUGAUCGAACGAAAGGGCAAAAGGAGUGUAUAGAUGCGUUCCACAUUCUAUUCAACAUGAUAAGUUCGCGUAUAAAUGACAAGAAUGACGUUCUUUACGGUUUAUACCUUCUUAUAGUUGGGUAUGGCAGCAUGGAUGAUCCUGAAACAACCACAAUUUUUAAUGAACUGCAGCAAUAUCUCGGUGAAGAACACAAUAGCACAAUUAAAGACCGUGUUAUAGUCGUGAAAAUACCACCGAUCGAUCAAAUACUUAAUAUUUUGAUUAGAGAUGCACGUGUGGCACUCCAACUGAGCAGAAGCGAGGGAUUUGAGAACAAAAUUACCGAUUGUAUCAUGAAAAGCGUGCCCGUGGUGGUUUUUAAUGUUGGUGGUCUCCGAUUGCAAGUUUUAGACAAUAGGACAGGAUAUAUUAUAGAUGCGGGUGAUGUACAGCAUGUGGCACAAAAGGUCCUUUAUCUGCUUGAUAACGAGUCUUUCAGAGAUGGUAUGUUAGAAUACAAAGAUUAUUCGUACAUGUUUAGUACACCGUUCAAUGUCUAUGGAUGGUUGUACAUUUUUAAUAUGCUGGCAGAAGGAAGCACAAUGACUAAGGAAAACGUGCUCAAGGGAAUUGUUAGAAAAUAUUUUGGUAAAUACGAGCAUGAGUUUCUCUCCAAGAUAGAACAGCACAGCAGAACAUGUAAUGACAGGUAA